CUAAAUACUGCACGAAUUCUGCUCAUCUUAACUCAAACAUGGUUUUGACAAUCAGCCCGUCCACGCUCGUGUUCGUCCUGGCCUUGAUAACCACGGUGGCUUGGGCAAGACCUGGUUCUGAGGACAUCGACGAGCGCGAUACUGCUCAUCAGGUCCACAGAACAAGACGUUCGAGAGGCAUAAAAGAUUUCAACCCCGAAGACGACUCAGAAUUCUGGAUUAACGGAGCACAGAACCUUCUGAGCACGAAAUUAGGAAGAAAACCUAUAACUGGACAAGCGAAAAACGUGAUCAUGUUCCUGGGGGACGGCUUUUCGAUCCCAACAUUGGCCGCUGCUAGAGUGUACCUCGGGCAGUCCCUAGGUGCAACGGGGGAGGAAACUGUGCUCUCCUUUGAAGAAUUCCCCAAUACUGGACUGUCUAAGACCUACUGUGUAGACAGCCAAGUGGCAGAUUCUUCUUGCAGUGCAACGGCGUAUUUGGGUGGGGUCAAGGGGAACAUCGGCACAGCAGGCGUGACUGGAAGAGUAAAGGUUGACGACUGUGCAGCCAUGCGAAACGUCUCCAAUCAAGUGCCAUCAAUUCUGAAGUGGUCACAGGACGCCGGCAAAUCAACAGGGGUAGUAACUACAACCAGAAUUACCCACGCGUCUCCCUCCGGUACAUAUGCCUACAUCGCCAACAGAGACUGGGAGAACGACGCAGAAAUCAAGAACUCGGGUCAAGACCCGGACAUUUGCGACGAUAUUGCAGAGCAGCUUGUAAACAAACUUCCCGGCAAGAAUAUAAAUGUGAUCCUGGGAGGAGGUCGAAAGGAAUUCCGUCCAAGAGACUUCACAGAUGAAGACGGCACUCCCGGAAGCCGAACGGAUGACGUCGAUCUGAUCGAAGUUUGGAAAGCCGACAAGGUGGGACGCAAUGCUAGCUUCAGGUAUUUGUGGAACCGAGACCAAAUAAUGAGUGUUGAUCCCACUGAUUCCGACUACGUACUCGGGCUGUUUAAUAGGGAUCAUUUGGAGUACCAUUUGCUGGCGAACAGGAGGAAAGAACCAACCCUGGAGGAAAUGACCACAUUCGCAGUACAGGCGCUGAAGAAAAAUCCAAAUGGCUUCUUCCUGUUUGUCGAAGGUGGGCGUAUUGACAUGGGUCUUCACGAUAAUAAAGCACACUUAGCGCUGGACGAAGCAGUUGAAUUUGCAAAUGCUGUACAGGCUGCAGUCGAUCUAACAGACGAAGAAGACACGCUGAUAGUGGUCACGGCCGAUCACGCCCACACCCUGAGCAUUAGUGGGUACCCUGUUCGAGGAAACAACAUCUUUGGAAUAAGUGGAACUUCUUCGGUUGAUAAUCUUCCAUAUGCAACUCUUAGUUUUGCUAAUGGGCCAGGAUAUAAACAGCCAGAAGAGGAUGGUACCAGAUACGAUAUUUCUAGAGAUAAUACGAUGGAUGCUAAUUACGAGUUCCCUGCAACGUCGCCACUGUACAGCGAAACACACGGAGGUGACGACGUCGCGGUUUUCGCCAGGGGCCCGUGGAGUCAUCUGUACGCUGGGGCGUUUGAACAGAACUUCAUUCCUCACGUCAUGGCCUACGCCUCCUGUGUUGGGAAUGGACGCACAAGUUGCAACGAUAACAGAAAAUAAACGAGAAGUCAAACGCAAACACUAAUUUGUCAUCAAUAUUUGUUUUGUCAUACGAAAUCUGUAACAGCAAGUUCUUACGUAUACGAUCAGCUGUUAAACUAAGCUACGAAAUAAACUUUCAAGAAUAA